AUGGAGACCGUAAAGUUUGAGAAGUCACUAGAACAUGUAUUUAAUUGCCUACACGUUCUGGGUCUGGUGGACCUAGGAAUAUGGACGCAUUAUGGAACCAUGUCCAGUCGAUUGAAACUAUUCCAUAUGCUUAAUUACACGUGGAGUUUAUUAUUGCUGCUUUCUAUAUUUUAUCUGACAUAUUUUGAUUUCGCCACGUACUGGUGGCCUCUUGACAAAGAUCAUCAGCGGCUGGAAAUGAUGGAGAUUAUUUCUAACGCGGUAUGCGCGGUAGCCAUGUUUGUGCUACCAUCGUUCGGUCUUCGCGGUUUCCCAGAGCAAGCAGUCAACAUUUAUGGAAAAUUUGUCGGAGAAAAAACGCAUUAUUCUAUGGACGCGACACAUCUGACGCUCUCAGUUAUUACACUGGGAUUCACAGCCUUUUUCGCGUCAAGGUCGAUUAUCUUGUGGAAUGCCGAUGACACGGCUGUGGAUAUCAUUGAACAGUACUAUAACAAAUCCAACACCGCUUCAAGUACCGGAAGCAUGACAAUGCAUGCACUGCGCUACGUCCAUGAUGCCGCGUCUGUGGCUCAGGCAUUAACGGAUUUGAACAUGUAUCUCAUCCGCGGAUUACUCAUAUAUUGGUGUUAUCAAUUAGCAAGGAUAUUUGAGAGGUUGACGGUUGACUUUGCGAAAAGAAGCGACCAGACUAAUCCUUACUCCGCCUGGAUGGAUUUUCGGGAUCGAUAUCUCACACUUCGGUCGCACAUUAUUGUAACAUCGCGACAAAUGCGAUACUAUGUCAAAGCUUUAUAUAUUUACGAUUUCUUUACAAUAGUUUACAUAGUAAACAGUUUGCUCAAGGAGACCAAUGGAAAAUUUGCAUUAAUUUCCGUUGCCCAACUUAUACCGCAACUCGGAUUUGUGGUGUUAUUGGCCUCCUCAAGUUCCCGUUUAUACGAAAUGGCAAAAAAUUUCGUAUCCACAAUGGAGGAACUGACAGUGUCUCAAGCGGAGCGGAUGUCGGAGACACAAAAAGCCGACCUAUCACGUGCUUGCACGUUUUAUUUGAGAAAUGAAAUCGGACUACAGAUGGCCGGCCGAAUUGUAGAAGGAAAUUUUGCUGAUGGCGUGGCCGGCGCCAUGGGCGCCCUUAUUUUGAUCACUGAUAAAUGACCGGUGAUCUACAAGGCGGAAACGGCUGUUUUCAGAUAUGCAGACUAUCCACGGCCUACGUACUUCCAUCUUCAACCAAUUUUGAAUUUGGUGUGCGUGUGCGGUGCAAACCCGACGAAUGGAACUUCAGUACCUAGUACAAUACUUAUCUGUACAUGUUUGGCA